AUGGCCGGGUAUUUAAAUGUAGAUGUUAGGGUUAUAUCUAAAUAUUUCAGAACGAAUUUUUCUUAUAAGAGAUUAGGUAUUAUGAUUACCUUGCUUAUUUUCCUAAGAAAUGUGAUGAAUGUCAAAAACAACCUUUUUAUUGCCGAUCUAGAAUCAGCAUUAAAUAUAAAUGAUGAGACGCGAGAUAGCUUUAAAAAAAUGGCUCAAUAUGGCCAAAAACCAUAUGGAAUCCUCUUUGUAACAGCACAUCCUGAUGAUGAAACAAUGUUUUUUAUGCCAACCAUUCGGGUACUAAGGGAAUACAUUCAUGGAUAUGACAAAUUGGAGCCACCUAUCAAAAUUUACCUCCUAGUAUUUACUAAUGGUAAUUACUAUGGGAAGGGAGAACAAAGAGAGUAUUGCUUGGCAAAAAUUUGCUACUCACUUGGCAUAACUGAACACGUUAUACAUGAUCCAGAAAUUUACGACGGAAUAGAUGAAUGGCCCAUAAAUAGAGUUGCAAAUAUUAUCAAAAUUUUUGUGCGGGAGAAUAACAUUAAGACAUUUACAUUUGACAGACAUGGCGUGUCAUACCACCCAAAUCACUCGAGCGUCUACAGGGGCGUGGAAAUUGCUGUUAAUGAUUUACCAAAAUUUUGGACUUUUAACCUCAAGACUGUAUCAUUAUUUCGCAAAUAUCUUUCAAUUUUUUCGUUAUAUUUACCAAUUUUCAUGGAUCGCACUGCUGCCCUCUACACUAGCCCAUUGAAAAUAUUUGAGCUUAUGAUAAUAUAUUGGAGUGAAUUUCGCAUACAUAUUCCCUUUUGGUGCUUAUUUUCAAGUUAUUCUUAUUCUAAUAGCUAUGAUGUUUACCUGACUCCUGACGAUAAAGUUCAGAAUAGCUUCUGGAAGAAAAGUGACGCAGAUGUUAAUAUUGAGACCAAUGAUCUGUGA